GCGAUUUUUACAGCACUCUCUUUGAUCAUGCAUGAUCUGCUCUUUCAGAUGAGAAAUUCAUACAACCAGUCAACAGUAGUUAGGUUAGUCACUGUUUUAAGUGCACUGAAACAAGGGGAACAUCUGGCUGAAUUAAAAUUCAGCAGAUAAAAUGAAGCUGUGCCACUUAGGUUUAAUUUUUCUCGUCGUCUUUCUAGUCACUGACGUUGCUGCUGAGAAAGUAGUCAAACGUAAAAAGACCAGAAGGAAGCCAAUACACAUUGAAUCUUUCGAUUCUAAAAAUGAUUUACAAUCUGAAGAAGCCUUUCCAAUAGCUCCACCAGGCGAUGAUGAUAUCGACAACCGGGUUCCAUUAGUGGAUCCAUGUAUGCAGGUCCGUUGUGGAGCUGGAAGAAUUUGUCAAGUCAAUGAACUGAGAGAACCUGAAUGUGUUUGUAUUCCAACUUGUCCCGAAGAAAGUGAAUCUCGUCGUAAGGUAUGCUCCAACUACAACGAGACGUGGUCUUCAGAUUGCGCUAUCUACCAACAAAGAUGCUUGUGUGCUAAAGGAGACAAGGAAUGCAAAGGACCCCAAUAUAAACAUGUUCACAUUGAAUAUUACGGACAAUGUAGGGAAAUGCCUCAUUGUACCCAAGAAGAAAUGGCUGACUUCCCACGCAGAAUGCGUGAUUGGCUUUUCAACAUCAUGAGGGAUUUGGCUGACCGUCAAGAACUUACACCCCAUUACUUGAACAUGGAACGUGAAGCUGAAUCAAACAUGACUCGCCGUUGGACAAAUGCUGCUGUCUGGAAAUUCUGUGAUUUAGAUGGAAAUCCACCAGACAGAUCUGUUUCCCGUCACGAGUUGUUCCCAAUUCGUGCACCAUUGAUGGCAUUGGAACACUGUAUCAGUCCUUUCUUAAAUUCAUGUGAUGCUGAUAACAACCACAGAAUUACACUUCACGAAUGGGCCAAAUGUCUUCAACUGGAAGAGGAGGAAAUUGAGCACCAGUGUGAAGAACUUACUGAUAUCUCAGCAGAAUAAUAUGGAUCUUACUUAUAAAUUGUAAAUAUUUCAAAGGUGCUGUAGAAUUCAUAAAAAACGUGCCAUGAUAUUUUAUUUUUUUAGAUAUUUUUAAACGAAAUUUACAUAUUACAUUUAAUUAUUUUAAUAUGUCCUGUAUAGAUUAAUAAAAUUUCUAAAAGUAAUAAUUUA